AUGAGUUCAUCUUAAUACUAUUUCUAAGCAGAAACUGGAGAUACAAGACCUUAGGGAACUCUAUAAUUGCUAGCAAAGUAUGCUUUUGAAUGUGAAAUCUGUUUUAUUGAACAACAGGAUAGCGUAUAAGGAAUUUAAUAAGAAUAAUAAUAAAAUUACAAUGAAGUAAGGUUAGUGGCUGCCAAAGUUAUAUCAGAAUAACCUUCAAAAAGGUCAUAUAUUGUAAUUUGCCCAUAACAUUUUUUAAAUAUGGAAUAGUUUUUUGAAAAAUUUUUAGAAAAAUCUCAUGUUAGGUACUCAGUGUCACAAUUAGAAAUUAAAAAGGCUAAACUAGUUAAAAAACCUAAACUUGUUAAAAAACCUGAUAUAGAUACAGAAUUAAAAGAGGCCAGAAAAACAAUAAAAUGUAAUUAUUGCUGCAGAGUACUUUAAUAAAGGUAUACCAAAGCAGAUUAAUAGAUAUAAAUACUUUAUAAUAAUAAUCUAGAUAACUUGAUGGAAACUGUAUAUGAGAAGAAAAAGGAGGAUUUAGAAAUCACAUAUGAGAAAUUCAAAUAAUAUACGGAAGAAAACAGGUCAAUAACGGAUAGGUAGAAAUUUUUAAUUUUUCAUUAUUACAAAAGACUAGAAAGAAAAUCUAGAAAGAUUAUUCUCCACGAAUUUGAAAAUUUUUUACCAAAUAAGAAUCCAUCAACAAUAUCAAUGUCAAUGUCUGCGUAGUAAAAUCCAGAUACAAAGUGA